GAAGCCGUUCAAGACAACCUACUCCUUAUCUUGUUAUCCAUCCAUAUACCAAAGAGGACACUCGAACAAUGGCAAUGGCGUUUACAACGGCAGCGACCAACAGCCGAUGGAGCUUAACAGCAUUGAGGGCAGCGCUACCUUCUGUGGGAGUAGAGAUUCAUACUCCCGCUCGCGUCAGCUUCCCGUCGGCCACUGGUCGAGUCAGUUGCAGAACCUGCAGCAAACCGAUCGCCUCUUUUUCGGGUCUAUGCCCUUUGAACCCUCUCAUUUCUACUGGUUUAUCAGAUUUUGACAGCUUUGAACAUAAUUUUACAAUUGUUGAUAGUGGUUGUCGAUAUUUUGCCAUGAGACAUGGCAAGCGGGUACCUAAGCUCAAUAGGCCUCCUGACCAACGGCGUGCACUAUUGCGAGGGCUCACUACCCAACUCCUUAAGCAUGGUCGGAUCAAAACCACCAGAGCGAGAGCAAGUGCUAUGCGUAAGUAUGUUGACAAAAUGAUAACAUUAGCAAAGGAAGGUUCUUUGCAUAAAAGGAGACAGGCUUUAGGGUUCGUCUACGAAAAACAAAUUGUCCAUGCUUUAUUUGCAGAAGUCCAAGAUAGGUAUGGGGAGAGAAAUGGUGGAUAUACCAGAAUUAUUAGAACACUGCCAAGGCGAGGGGACAAUGCGCCUAUGGCAUACAUUGAACUUGUCUAAAUACUUGCCGGUUCUGUUUGUAUCAGUGAAGUCAAGUAGGAAGGGCGAUGAGGUUUAAUACUUUUUGAGGCAUUGCCACAUGUAUGAUUAUAGACCUUGUAUUAAUAUCUGCAUAUAUAUAUAUAUAUAUAUAUAUGCAUGCAGGUUAUAACUAUUUUGGCAAAGUCAAUUUGGUAUACAUUAUGAGGCCUGGUCAAUUUGUUAAUUUUAUUCAAAGUACAUUUACAUGAUAUUUGGUCGGCUGGAGGCUCAAUAUGACUCUCUGUUCUAACCUCAUCAA